GCAACAGCAACAGUUGUUUUGGGACACGCCUCCUUCGUCCGGCGGUCUUUUAACGGGCAACAAUCUGCUCUCUUUUUUCAAGUUUUCUUUAUCAUUCUGACUGAAAGGGCAAAUUUGGUUGUUUAAAUUAUGGACUGCACGAAUUUGGCCUUCGAAGCCGACUGGUUUGAUGAGGAAUCAGGCCUCAACCGGACUUUUAAAAUGAUUUACUUUCCGGAGAGCAACAUGGUGCAGCUGUUUGAGCCGCGAACCAACAAAAUGUUCUUGAAGAAGUCAUCUGUGGCCGGGCUGAAGCCGUCGGACAUCUACGUUGGCAGUGAAAUCACCAUACUCUCGAGGCAGUUCCGGCUGAAAGCCUUCGCCGACGAGUACACUCGCCGAGUCCUCGACUGUCAGAACGAACGCACCUUCGCCAUGGUGCAGCCCGACUGCGUCCGCCAAAUGGGCACCGUAUUCGCCGAGAUCCAGAAGACAAACCUGCGCAUAAGGGCUGCCACCCUGGCAAUGAUGACCGAAGCCCAGGUCCUUGAAUUCUACCGUGAGCACACAGGGAAACCCUUCCUGCCUGCCCUGGUGCAACACGUGACCUCGGGGCCGGUGCUGGCCCUCCAGUUGCAGGGCGAAGGCGCCGUGCAAACCUGGCGCUGCAUGAUAGGCGACAUGGACCCUGCCGAGGCCGAACCGGACACCCUGAGGGCCAGGUUUGGCAAAAAUAAGAUGCUCAAUGGCUUCCACGGCUCCAAGAACAAAGAGGAGGCCCUUCGAGAGAUUGAGUUUUUCUUCCCUGAAAAAAACAGACACCUGGCACCACCUUCAGCAGUCCUACUCAGUUCCUGCACUUGUUGCAUCGUGAAGCCACAGGCGUUCAUUGACGGGAAGCUUGGACCAAUCAUUAACUCGAUUCAUGAGGCUGGAUUUGAAAUUUCGGGCUUGGAAGUUCUUCGUUUUGACCGUGUCAAGGCCGCCGAGUUCCACGAGGUCUAUAACGGAGUGCUUUACGAGUACUCGGACAUGGUUGCCCAGCUGCAGUCAGGACCUUGCGUUGCCCUGGAAAUCACCUGGCCGAAACUAAAAUUGCCGGUUGUGGAUCGCAUUCCGCCCAGCAACAGCGGCGAUGGCGGCGGCAAGGACGUAGUGCUGGCCUUCAGGACGCUCGUGGGGCCCUUUGACCCGGAGCUGGCGCGCAAGUUGCGGCCGCACUCCCUCAGGGCCAAGUUUGGCAAGGACAAAGUGCUGAACGCGAUUCACUGCACCGACCUGCCUGAGGAUGGCGUUCUCGAGGUCGAAUACUGUUUCACAGUCAUGCGGAAAUGAAUUUGCUGGCUGGCUGGACGGGCUGCACGUUCGAGUCAGCGUUCGUGGCUGUGAUGUUGAAUAAAUGUUUGAGCUCGCUCUCGCUGCCGCAAGGAAAGCAUUAAUCAAGCGUGAUUCAAAUUGAGUUACCCUACCAGAAAUGUAAUUUCGCACUACCGCUGCACUGUUUGCCUUCUGGUCGACUUUGUUUGCUUUGUGUUCACUCUUUGCUCACGAUUUUAUAUCAUUGGCAUCAUUGCAAUAUACGCAUAUCGACGUUUAAAGAUUUGUUCGAUUACUCUU